GGGUCUCUGAAUAUGCUGACUGCCUCGUCGUGGCAGCGAGAUGUGUAGAUAAGAUGCACGUUCUCCGUGCACUUUUACACGGAAGUGAAUAAUAAUCAACAGAUUUUUAAAAAAUAUGCCUGCAGCUUCGGAGACUUUUUUUCUGUUUUCCCCGGCUGUCUUGACGUUGCGAGUGGGAGGGUCUGAUUGAGCAAGAGGUCAACACGCCUACCUCCAGCGCGGGACUGGGUGCGAAGUGGGAAGGACACCUCCUCAGUUUAACUCGGCUUCAAGGGGUUCAUUCGGGAGAUCAGAGCGCAGAUCUAGAAGAUGAGUUAUCCAGGAUAUCCGCCAGCUUCAGGGGGAUAUCCCCCCGCACCAGGGGGUUAUCCACCCACAGCAGGGGGGUACCCGCCAGUCCCAGGAGGAUUCCCACCGGUACCAGCUGGACAUCUCUGGGGUACCAAUCUCCCUCCACCAAUUGGAAUCGAUGCACUUCCCAACUUACAAGGACACAUCAAUACCUCCUACAUGGAAGGAAUGGCUCAAAACGUAAUGAACAACAUGGGUGGGUUUGGUUCUGGACCACCGAAUAUUGGUUUUGGGGCACCUCCAGGAGCUCCAUACGGGAUGUUUCCAGGCCAGUCCAACCAGCCUGGUGCUCCAGGAUAUCCUGGAUCCACACCUGGAUAUCUGCCAAGCUCUGGCCCUGCCCCUGGAUACCCAUCUGGUCCAACCCCUGGAUUCCCGCCAAGCUCUGGUCCUGUCCCUGGAUACCCCUCUGGUCCAACCCCUGGAUUUCCGCCAAGCUCUGGUCCUGCCCCUGGAUAUCCCUCUGGUCCAACCCCUGGAUACCCCUCUGGUCCGACACCAAGUUAUCCAUCUAAUCCACCACAAGGAUAUUCGGCUACUCCUGGUUCGACAGUAACCCCGUCUGCAGCUCCUGUGAAGAUUGACUCAGAAUUUGAGCCUGUCAACCGGGGGACUGUUAGAGAUGCGGCUGGAUUCGAUGCUCUGCGGGAUGCCGAGGUCCUGAGGAAAGCCAUGAAGGGGUUUGGCACAAAUGAACAAGCCAUCAUAGACAUUGUUGCUCAUCGGUCGAAUAAGCAGAGACAACAGAUUGUCCUCUCUUUUAAAACUGCCUACGGGAAGGACUUGAUAAAGGAGCUGAAGUCCGAGCUAUCGGGUAACUUUGAGAAGACAGUACUGGCCCUGCUGAAACCCCCUGCGCUCUUUGAUGCAACAGAAAUGAAAGAAGCCAUCAAGGGAGCUGGGACGGACGAGCAGUGUCUAAUCGAAAUCCUAGCUUCUCGCUCGAAUGCCGAAAUCCAUGAAAUCGAUAAGGUGUACAAAACAGAGUUUAAGAAGACUUUGGAACAAGACAUUAAGAGCGACACCUCUGGACACUUCGAACGGCUGCUGGUCUCUCUUGUCCAGGGCAACCGAGAUGAAAGUCAAAAUGUGGAUAUAACGCUGGUUAAAAAAGAUGCGCAAGACCUGUACAAUGCUGGAGAAGGACGUAUGGGAACAGACGAGUCGAGGUUUAAUGCUAUUCUCUGCUCCAGAAAUCGAUCCCAUCUGAGAGCAGUGUUUGAAGAGUACCGCCAGGUGUGUAAGUACGAUAUUGAGAAGACCAUCGCCCGUGAGAUGUCUGGGAAUCUGGAAAGAGGCAUGGUGGCAGUAGUGAAGUGCCUGAGAAACACGCCAGCGUUUUUUGCUGAGAGGCUCUACAGGUCCAUGAAGGGACUGGGUACAGAUGACAGAACCCUGGUUCGCAUUAUGGUGUCACGCUGUGAAGUUGACAUGUUGGACAUAAGGGCUGAAUUCAAGAGGAUGUAUGGGAAGUCGCUGUACUCAUUUAUAGCGGAUGACUGCUCCGGUGAUUACAAGAAGUUGUUGCUGCAGCUUUGUGGCUCAAAUGACUGAGGAAGGACAGCGGGGUUGGAGCUGGUGGAGAUUUGAGCAGUGGUUUUCCAAAACCGCUUCCACCUGUCAUAGAGCAGGGGUUUCCUCAUCUUUCUUUUGUUUAAUUUCCUUUUCUAUCAGCUUGUACAUGUAAUCCUGUGUAUCGGCAUGUUCAAUAUGUAUUUGUUCAGCUGAAGUUUGAGAUGAUAUCGGGGGGUGGGUGGAGAUUUGUCCUAUUGUGUUUCUAAGGGCAAUGUUGGUUUUGAGGGUUUUACCCCCAUCCCGCCUCUACUAACCUCUGCCUCUCCUGUUGAACUCUUCAGUUUGAUUUGAUCUCGGAAAAGAUCACACUCAUUUAAACUUCAAAGUACAUUUAUUAUCAAAGUACGUAGACCAUUGACAACCUUGAGGUUCACCUUCUUGUGGACAGCCACAAAACAGAGACAAUAGAAUCCACAAAAAAAUCCACACACUGCUAAUGACAAACUCCCACCCCAGUGUGUUUCACUUUUUGAACUUCCUCUGACUACAUAGACAGUCAUCACCUUCAAUGCCCUCCCUUACAUGGCUGAGUUGAAAUGUAGAUGAGGUUCUUGGUUUCCUCUAACUUACGGCAAUUUCUUCCUCCUCCCCUUCUUUCAUUUCCGUUUCCAUUUCCCACUGUGACUCCCCCUUACCCCUCACCUGCUCCCUCUGGUUCUCUACCUCCUCCUCUUUCUCUCAUCGUCCAAAAACUGAUGGCUGGCUUAAGCAGAAGUCAACUGACUGCUUCAAGGCUUGGGACAGUUUGCGUUACUUGUAUUUUAUAUUUUUUUUGUAAAUUUGCAUGUUGUGUGCCACAUUAACCGGCAUUCACCUUUUUGCCACCUUGUCCAGUUCUUAGGAAAUGUCAAAUGCAAAAUGUUACCUUAUCACUCUUAAUUAGAGGUCAAUGUGCAUUGACAAGGCUUGUUAUUCGUAACUCGAACAACACACAAACUGCUGGAGGAGCUCAGCAGUUCAGGCAGCAUCGUUGGGGGAAAUAAACAGUCAACAUUUUGGUCUGAAACCUUUCGUCAGGACUGGAAAGGAAGUGGGGUGGUGGAAGAAGCCUAGCUUCAAGAUUUCCAGCAUCUGCAGAAUCUUUUGUGUUCAUUCAAUAGUCUUAAACUGAUUUUUCUAACUUCCGGUAACUUCUUCCUCCUCCCCUUUUCUCUUUUCCAUUUCCCACUGUGACUCCCCCUUUACCCCUCACCCGCUCCCUCUGGUUCCCUACCUCCUUCCCUUUCUCCCAUCGUCCACUCUCCCUUCCUAUCAGAUUACUCCUUCACCCUUCACCUUUUCGACCUAUCACCUCCCAGCUUCUGACAUCACCUCCUCACUCACCUACCCACCCACUUUUCCCCUCACCUGCUAGCUUGCACUCCUUGUCCUCACCCCACCUUCUUAUUCUGGCAUCUUCCCCCUUCCUUCCCAGUCCCAGUGAAGGGCUUCAUGUUGAAAUGUCAACUGUUUACUCCUCUGUAUAGAUUCUGCCUGACCUUCAGCACUUUGUGUGUGUCACUCUGGAUUUCCAGCAGAAUGUCUGGAUUUGUUAACUCAAACCAGCAGUGUGAUACCCGAGGCCAUUUUUGGUGGCCGAAAUCAGGAAUUUUCAUCCUGUGUACAACUCCAGGGUGACAUUUCCAAUGCGAGUAUUGAGUAUCUGCUUCUCACGCCUUCAGCCUUACUGACCAAAGAAUCCACAUGUGCCCCCUCAGGCCUCAGUGGGGCCUCAGGACUACCAUACGAAGAUAGAGAGUUGGUGUCUCUGAAUUAUCAGUGAGACACCGUCUGUCCCAAAGAGCCGAUUGCUGGCAAAGGCCACCAUCUGGAAUACGAGCGAAUGGAAGAAGGCAAAAUAUAAUAUGCUCAGAAAUGUAAAUGAAUAAAGAUAAAUACUAUGCAACUA